AUGCCUGCAGACUACCAGUCCACCGUGAGAGCAUUGUCUCUGUCGCCUAAUUCUCCAGACCCGAUAGCGUCCCCCAGCAGCGAUGUCCAUCCGCCUUGGAGCCGCGCUGGCAGGCACACUUCGGGCAGAUCCAAUGCUCAGCCUGCAAGCGCUUGGGGCCAAAUUGUCCAUCGUGGAACAGAGCUGUAUCAACGUAUGAAUACAAUGUGGGAAGAGAUGAGUCUGCCGAAGAAGAUUGCCACCGUUGUCGCAUCAUUGUUCGUCGGCGCAUCAGGUAUUGCCUUCUUGGUCUUAUCAGGGAAGCUGUUCGUCUGGCUUGGCUCGGUCGCGGAAGAGUGGGAGAAAUCUUGGCUCGCGGCCUUCGUUCUAUGGCUAUGUGUCUUUUUUGUCUCUUUCCCCCCGUUGGUGGGUUGGUCGACUUUUGGAACAGCGGCUGGUUUAAUCUUUGGUGUAUGGAAAGGAUGGCUUAUCUAUGCCUCCGCAUCAAUUCUCGGAUCAACUGCCUCCUUUUAUGUUUCGCGGACCAUCCUAUCUGGAUUCGUCAAUCGCCUUAUGGAACGCGACAAAAGAUUUGCUGCGCUAUCCCUGACACUGAAGUAUGAUGGUCUCAAGCUCCUUUGUAUGAUUCGUUUAUGUCCCCUGCCAUAUUCAAUUUGCAACGGAGCUGUGUCCACAUUCCCCACAGUGCAGCCUUUGAUGUACGGGCUUGCCACAGCGAUCAUCUCUCCCAAGUUGUUGGUUCCUACGUUCAUUGGAAGUCGGAUUCGUUUGCUCUCUGAAAAGGGCGAAGAGAUGAGCGCGGGAUCGAAGGCCAUAAAUAUCUGCAGUAUUAUCGUUACAGUCAGUAUUGGAAUAUUUACCGGCUGGUACAUCUACCAAAGAACUUUGGCUCGUGCCAAGGAGCUCGAAGCCAAGGAGCGCGAAGAUAUUCGCAAUUCUCUUGAAGCUGACCACGCAGCACAUCGCCCGCAUCACGCAUUCUCUGAAGAUCCUGAUGUGAACAAAGCGGCCACUACCCUUGCGCUCGACGAGGAAGAACGCAUUGGAUUCACCGAUGACGACAAUGUCGAUUUGGUUUUGGGUGACGAUAGUGAUAGCGACCAACCGGGUUGGAAGAGCUCGAACAGGCGGUCAUACCACGACGAGUUCACUGAUAAUGACUCGGAUGGAUUUGCCGAAGGAAACGAGACGUAUGGUCUGCACACUCAUGUCCGAUCUAGCUGA